UGCAGCGAAGUUGUUCAACAUUUUGUAUGAACUCUAAUAUUUACUCCAUUCCACGCUCAAUUCUCUCCAGUUCCGGAAUCGGAGUACUGGUUCGCCAUAAAGUGUGUAGUGGCUUCGAAAGAUCUUAUUACUCGUUUGUGUAGGGCGGGCCUUUUAUGAGCUGCUGCUACAGGGAUACCAAGAUGGAAAUCCAGGGGCUUGCUGAUGCCCAAAACACUCACUACCAACAUGGCGCCCCGCGUAAGUCUGCUUUGUCUCCGUUGGGAACAACGACAGAAACUAUUUCUAGCUCGAUUUUAAAGGAAAAUGACAACGCGGAUCAUUCAGAAUCGCACGUUUUGCAAAGCGACAACAACAACAACCGGCCUAGGUCCUCUCUACUUCGCCUGCUGGCAGAAAAUGGCAGUGGUUCGUGUCUGUCUCUUUGCCACAAACAGAACGAAAGGCACAGUACGCUGUCACAAAAGGUUCAAGUGGCGAAUGUUGAACUUUGUAACUUGAAUACGUUGAAGGAGAAAGACUAUUUGGAACUGAGCCCGGAGUUUGUAAGGGGUGAGCUAAAAUACACCGAGGAAAAUGAAGACAGCGUGUUGCAAAUGGCGCUGCCCCUUUUCGACGGGGAAGACGGAUAUGCGGAACAUUCAGAGCAACGGCAGUUGUUGGCUGAGGACUUACGGCAACGGCACCAAGACAGUCCCUCCCUGCCGGUGGUGAGAGCGUCGUGCUCAAAUGCCAGUGAUGGCACGAUCGGGCCGUCCAUUGGCAAAAACUCGGAGGAAUUUUACGUCGUUCUUAACAUAGUGCAAGAAAAUGGCCUCGGUGACAACAAAGAACGACAAACACGCCAGUCUGAAGAAGGCGAGAAAGUGAACGGUAAGAAAGCAGAUUCGGCUAGAUCAACGUAUGGGCCAGUGGAUGUCCAGCACAGAAAUUUGACAAUCAAAGCCAAAUCUUCAUCUGUUUGUAGUUUUGGUCAUGUCGGUGUCAGUUCCGAUCUAACGGGUGAAACUGGAACUGUAGUCAGCGGGAGACAAAGGGUAUGUUUUGAGGCCGAGAAUGGCAGCAUUGUGUUAUCGGACGCCAGUGUUGAGAGCGGACAUGAUGGUAAUCAGAAGAUGUCUGAUGUAAUGAUGGCCUGCAAUAAUCUAGUAUCGAUGGAACAGGCCUCUCGCGAAUUGAACGAAUGUGACUCUAAGGACGGUACAGCUGUGUUGCCAGAGAGUACAGAUACUCCUGAAACUACUGAUAUGACGGAGGCUAAUAACAGUACAGAGUACAUCACGGACUACGUGAAUCUCGGGACAAACAACGACAGCGUUCCUGAUGGGACGUCUGAAACUGCCCACGAAACCUUCUCUGGCACUAUUAUGAUCAAUAACCAAAGCAUUAUCGUGACUAUCGAGAAUGGAGUUUUGACUCUGGCUGCACCGCCGGAGGGCUAUUCCUAUAAAGAGGACGGAUUGGUAAGUCUGAAAGAACACUUGGGUAUGAAAGACCAUGAAGACAUAGUUCUUCUCAACUAUGAUAGUGGAACCAAAUCUAUUGGGAAGAUAAGCAAUGUUGCGGGGAGCACACAAGACGAGCCGAGUGCCGAGCCGGCAGUUAGCGACUCGGAGCUCACCCUAGCUGACGAAUGUUCACUGUCAGAACUUGGAGCCACUCUGGACUCGUGUCCAGCAGUCAAACAAGAGGACGGAACCUUGAGUGCUAUGGAUGCGAACUCCAUAGGACCAAAUUCAAAAGGCACACCUAUUGAAUGUGAGGACGAGCUUCAGCCCAUGAGCCUUGUUGGUACAACAGGCUUGGCUAAGAAGGGUGCCUUAGUGACCUACCGCUGCCCUCAUCCUGGCUGCUCAAACACUUUCGACAGCCGACAGAAGCUCAAAAUGCACCUUGUGUUUCACACAGAAGAUCAGCGGCCCUUCAAAUGCACAAUGGAAGGCUGCGGUUGGUCCUUCACAACGUCGUACAAGCUAAAACGACAUCUGCAGUCCCACAAUAAGGUCCGACCGUACAGGUGUGAAUGGGAGAACUGCGGCCGGCGUUUCACCACCAUCUACAACCUAAAAGCUCACGUCAAAGCACAUGAUCAGGAGGAUGCUUUCGUGUGUGAAAUCUGCAGUGAGAGGUUUCGCAGUGCCACACGACUCGCCAAUCAUCAGAGAACGCAUUUUGAACCCGAAAGGCCACACAAGUGCGAAUUCCCGGGAUGUGAGAAAGCCUUCAUCACCUUCAGUGCCCUGUUCUCCCACAACAGAACACACUUCAGAGAGACCGGCCAAUUCACCUGUACCUACCCAGGUUGCGACAAGCGCUAUGAUAAGGCAUGCCGCCUCAAAAUCCAUCUCCGCAGUCACACAGGUGAAAGGCCGUUUGUUUGUGACUCUGAGUCCUGUGGAUGGACUUUUACUAGCAUGUCAAAACUGCUGCGACACAAAAGGAAACAUGAGGACGAUCGGCGGUUCACGUGUCCAGAGGAGGGAUGUGGGAAGUCCUUCACCCGUGCCGAACACCUGAAGGGCCACAGCAUCACCCACCUGGGCACCAAGCCCUUCGAGUGCCCUGUAGCAGGCUGCAGUGCUAAGUUCUCAGCACGUAGUAGUUUGUACAUCCACUCUAAGAAACACCGCCAGGAUGGGUUGUGUCUGAGGAGCAGAUGUCCUGUGGCAGGAUGCACCAAGCACUUCUCAUCUCGCAGUAGUCUCAAAAGUCAUAUGCUGAAACAUCACAACCUCAGCCCAGAUGUGUUGAAUCAGCUGGAGAGCACGGCCUCUCUGACACCCAGCUGCGAGCUCACCAGCGCCGCACAGAGCGCCACCGCGCCUGCCUCUGUGGGGACAGAGCUCAGCAGCCUGGACCUUUCCUCCCUGUUCUCCAGCGUGCCCCAGGGGGCCCCGCCGCCGCCCACCGGCCCCGCUGCCCACCCCGGCCCUGCCCCCUUCACCAUGGACAUGUCGCUCGUCAGCAGUGGCAUCCUCACCAUAGAUCCGGCGUCGGUUGGCCCGCCUCUGGGAGGAGCCAAAGGUGUGGACCCUCUCAUCUUGGCGGCGGGGGCGGACAUGGGUGCGCAUGUGCUGGACGCCGCCCUGGGACCUGGCGGAGGGGGCGGAGUCCUGCAGCAGGCCACGCUGCAAUUGGAUGACGUGCAGACGGUGAAUCCUGAGGCGCUGGGAGCACUCACCGCCCUGGCCAUCCAGAGCACGCCGUCAACAGAGCAGCUCCAGGCGCUCAGCUCAUCCAGCACCCUGACCGCGGAGUCUCCCUCCUCCUCUCUGUCAGCCUCCCUCGUGCCCUCACUCACCUCCUCCGCCCUGGGCGCCGGAGCCCCUGUGCCGGAGCUGCUGUCUCCCCAGCCGAAGGCAGACAUCAGGACCGGUGAGGCAGCUGUAGGACCCUUGCUGAGUGGAGUAGAAGUCCUGACCCAACAGGAGAACAGCAAAGGCAUGGGCCAGUUUGUGUUCCCUGGCCACAGCACCUCCUACACUGGGCAGAAAGAGGCAGAGCUGCCCUCAGGCACUCCUUGUCCCUUUAUGGAGAGCAGUGGCUCUGCGCGUACAGACUACAGAGCCAUCCAGCUGGCAAAGCGGAGAAAGCAGAAAGGCCCAGCCGCCGGUGCCAUCACCUCUGGGGGGACCCAGAGGAAGACCAAGGGUCUGAAGGGCCCCACUGCACCAGGGACUUUGGCUGGUCGCUUCGGAGAAGGAACUGCAUCUACCACAGGGGGACUCACUAUCCGAGACCCAGUUACUGGAGCCCAGUACGUUCAGAUUCAGCUUCUGCAGGAUGACCCUGCUUCUGAUGGAGACUUGGCUUUUCAGCUCAGCUCCCAGACCUCCAGUUCUCACUCCCAGCUAACGGUUGAUCUGCCUGUCAACAUUCUACAGGAGCCUUCAGCCAUGACUGAAGAUGACAACGGAUCCGAUAACUCCCAGUUUACUGGCAGCACGAUCAACCUGCAGGACCUGGAGUGACUAUGCACCAGAGCACCAGCAGGAGACCCUGAGGGCCACACUCAUAGUCCUGUCCCUCUCUCUGCCUGUCACACUCUGCCUUUCCGUCUCCUCAAGACAUGAAGGAAUCUGUUUUGAAGGCAUCUCCUCUCUGUGGUGCAAUUUUAAAGACUCCACUAAUGGAGAAUGAAGGGCGAGGCCUUGUCUCUGGGCAGUUUUUAGGAGCUGUUUCUGAUCAUUGUAGGCCAGUUUGUUUUAGAAUUCCUGUUUUUGUAUUUAUGUUGGAAUAAUGCAACAUAGUUUCCCCUCAUCCAUUACCACACAACCAGAAGCAAAAUACCUUUAACAUUUACUUUUUUGAAAAUAUGUGCUGGUGAUAUAGCACAAUAGUGAUUUAGGCACAGACCCAGUAUCAUGUACUGGUAGAGGUGGAAUGCUAUGAUUGCUAGGAGAAAUUCCAUAUUUUACCUCUCCCUAUCUACAGUUCCACUAUCACAUACUGUUAAUGGAAUACUGUUGGGUUCAGUUUUAUUGGGUGUUAAGCUGUCAUAAAUUUGUUACAAGAAUUCAUUGUAACAGUUUGUUAUACAGUGCUUAAUAGACUACAUCCUUUCUUGCUGUGUUUAUAUGAGACAUGGUAAUGUUAACAAAACUGCAAUGCCUAGUAGGCUUCACAUGAAUUAGGAAUCAAACCUCUUAAAACUGCAUAUGCCUCUUACCCUAUAGUUGUGUAACACUGGGAUCUGAGGUGGUUACUAGUUUGUGGAACAGCUUACUUAAGGAAGAAAAUGAAGAUUUUCAAGCUACUUCUCAGUAGCUGUUUUGACAGGGACAUUGUUUCUCAAUCUUGAGCUUAUGAAUUUUUUCUGAAAAGGCAUCAUCCACAACCAUGGAAGAAGUGCUUUCUUACACUUUUUCUGUUAUAAUUUUCUUUAUAUUUUUAUGGCUUUUGUGUGGUAUGUAAAACAAAGAUAAAGUUGUUCACAUUCUAUGUUUAUGUAUGAAAGUAAUAUUAAAUGCUACUUUUUUAUAAAAUGCGUACAUUUGUAACUUAUGAAUUUCUGAACAUUUGAGAUUGUUAUAAUUAUUGGUUCUUGGUGUGAGUGUAAAUAAACCUGGCUACCUGUCUUCUAA